AUGGCAGCUGCCGUGUUCAUCGAAGUCCACACACCUGCCUAUGGAGUCAGAGUUACGAUGUUCUGCUCUAAAACCAAGGUAGCUCCGUUAAAACGACUAACGAUACCAAGGUUAGAACUCACCGCAGCUCACAUGUUGGCAAAACUCAUCAAACACUGCCAGAGCACUCUUAAUCUCACUCAAUCGCCAACAUACUUGUGGACGGACUCAACACUCACAAUCACGUGGAUCAAAUCUCACCGGUCUUGCUGGAAGGAGUUUGUCCGGAAUAGGGUGUCACAUAUUCAAGAUCUACUUCCAGAUGACCACUGGAAUUUCAUUUCGGGCACACAAAACCCAGCAGACUGCGCAACACGAGGGUUGUCACCUACUCAACUCCGUGAUUGUCAACUAUGGUGGACUGGCCCACCAUGGUUGCUCAAGAGUUCAUCGUCCUGGCCUAAAUGUCCAUCAAUCAAUGAUACAGGAGCUCAAGCCGAAGAACGGCCUAGACUGGCCCUAUUUUCAUCGAACUUAUUAAUGAAAUCAAAUUGGCCUAUCAUGAAACGGCCAAUACCACUUCUACGCAUGUUACGAGCUACUGCAAUCUGCUACAGACUCCGUGACAUGAUCAAGAAAUCACCGAACUCAUCACUCAAGACUCCAAUUACUUCUGACAAAGUAACUUCUGCACUCAACUUCUGUAUCAAAGCAUCUCAACGCAUUCAUUUUUCACACGAGAUCAACAUAUAUUCCAAGCACGCACCAUGGCCAAAUGGUCAUCCAUUUGCUCGAUUGGUUGCUUUCAUUGACACCGACGGUAGCAUUCGAGUAGGUGGAUGA